AUGGCGGGCUGCAUGGCGCGGGCUCCGCCGGGCUCGGAGGCGCGCCUCAGCCUCGCCACCUUCCUGCUGGGAGCCUCGGUGAUCGCGCUGCCGCUGCUCACGCGCGCCGGCCUGCAGGGCCGCACCGGGCUGGCGCUCUACGUGGCCGGGCUUAACGCGCUGCUCCUGCUGCUCUACCGGCCGCCGCGCUACCAGAUAGCCAUUCGAGCAUGUUUCCUUGGUUUUGUCUUUGGCUGCGGCAUGCUGCUAAGUUUUAGCCAGUCUUCUUGGAAUCACUUUGGCUGGUACAUGUGCUCCCUGUCGUUAUUCCACUAUUCUGAAUACCUAGUGACAGCGGUCAACAAUCCCAAAAGUCUGUCCUUGGACUCCUUUCUCCUGAACCACAGUCUGGAGUACACUGUAGCAGCCCUUUCUUCUUGGAUCGAGUUCACACUUGAAAAUAUCUUCUGGCCAGAGCUGAAGCAGAUCACCUGGCUGAGCACCACCGGGCUGCUGAUGGUGGUUUUUGGCGAGUGCCUGAGGAAAGCGGCCAUGUUUACAGCGGGCUCCAACUUCAACCACGUAGUGCAGAAUGAGAAGUCGGACACCCACACUCUGGUGACAAGUGAGGUGUAUGCCUGGUUCCGGCACCCUUCUUACGUUGGCUGGUUCUACUGGAGUAUUGGGACUCAGGUGAUGCUCUGUAACCCAAUCUGCGGGGUGGCCUACGCCUUGACUGUCUGGAGGUUUUUCCGAGACCGAACCGAAGAGGAAGAGAUCUCCCUGAUCCACUUUUUCGGAGAAGAGUACCUGGAGUACAAGAAGAGGGUACCCACGGGCCUGCCUUUCAUCAAAGGUGUCAAGGUGGAGCUCUGA